UGCACCGUCUUCCCCAAACACACGUUUUUCGCACAGACGGAGAAGCAGAUUUGUGCACGGGAUUGCACCAUACCGUCAUGGCAAGCUCUUCCCGUUUCUGGCUCCGGAUGAUGCCACUACGCCAUCGGUGGCCACUGGCCGGCAUAGGCCCCAUGUGGCUUGAGGAAGCGCAGCCAGCUUGCAGGGUCCUGUGGCCGGCUAGCCAUAACUUCUUCGACCGUGUGGCCAGAGACAUGGAGAAACAGAUGCAAGAGAUGGAGAAGAUGAGCCGGGCUUUCUUUCAAGCUUCGCCGCUCUGGGCCUGGGAGCACGAAAGAGAGAAAGCAAGGAGCGAGGAAAAUGGCAUUGCUCAAGCCGAGGCGAACGGUCAAGGGGGUGACGAGAAGUACCGCUUCGCCGUGGACACGGCUGGCUUUUCGCCGGAGGAGAUGACGGUCAAGUUGGAUGGGAGAAAGCUGACGGUGACAGCCACCCGCCACCGGGAGAGCGAAAGUGAGGAGCGCGGCUACUGGCGGGAGGACCAAGAGUUGCGCCGGGAGACUCUCCUCCCGCCUGACGUCGACCUGCAAAGCGUCACAUGCUCGCUGGCCUCGGACGGGAAACUCUGCGUGGAGGCACCACGGUUGGCUUCGACAGCAACCACGGAAAAGACUAUCCCCAUCGACGUCAAGCCGGCUGCCCAAGCGACUCCCAAUGGUGGCGGAGAGAAAGAACUGGGAGAGAAGCCCAAGGACCCUUGAGGUCAUGGAUGCUGUUCCAGAACCUUCCGUGAGAAUUUGGGUAUAUCUCUUGUGACUUAGCUGGCCUUUUCCUCCAGCCUUCCUGAGUUCCAGCCAAACUUUCAUUUUUAUUUGUUCCUUGUGUGCAAUAAAACUAUAUAUACAUAUA